CUCCGCGGAUGUGAGCCGAGUGGCCUCGCCUCAACGCCUAGCGCCCCCCUCAGCCGUCGCCGCCGUCGCCGCCGCCGCCUCCGCCUCCGCCCGCCGGCCAUGUCCUCGGGCCGCCGCCGCCGCCGCCGCGCUUCCGCGGCGCUCCCGCGGCCCAGCGCGCAGUGAGCGCAGGGCCCUCUUGCCGUUCGCCCGCCCCGGGGCCCCCUUGUUCUCAGUGCCGCCGCCGCCGCCGCCAUGUUGGGUUUAGAGCCGCAGCGGAGCCGCCGCCGCCGCCGCCGGUGAGGGAGGCCGAGAGCGGAGCCCGCCCCGCCCCGGGGCCCAGGGAGCGGGGCCGCCUCGGAGCCGGGCCGCCUCGGAGCCGGGCCUCUCCCCGCCAGCCGCCUGCCGUGCCUGCCCGCCCGUGGUGCGAGCGAGCGAGCGCCGGUCCGUGGCCGCGCCUUCCGCUCCCGGCCCGAGCGAGCCCGCCGCCGGCUCGUUUCACCGCCGCCGCCGCCGCCGCCGGGCCCGGCCACAGCCUGCAGCGGAACCCUCGAGAGUCAGCGCCAUGGCGGAGCAGACCUACUCGUGGGCCUAUUCCCUGGUGGAUUCCAGUCAGGUGUCUACAUUUCUGAUUUCCAUUCUGCUUAUAGUCUAUGGUAGUUUCAGGUCCCUUAAUAUGGACUUUGAAAAUCAAGAUAAGGAGAAAGACAAUAACAGUUCUUCUGGGUCUUUCAAUGGCAACAGCACCAAUAAUAGUAUCCAAACUAUUGACUCUACCCAGGCCCUGUUCCUUCCAAUUGGAGCAUCUGUCUCUCUCCUAGUAAUGUUCUUCUUCUUUGACUCAGUUCAAGUAGUUUUUACAAUAUGUACAGCAGUUCUUGCAACAAUAGCUUUUGCUUUUCUUCUUCUCCCGAUGUGCCAGUAUUUAACAAGACCCUGUUCACCUCAGAACAAGAUUUCCUUUGGUUGCUGUGGGCGUUUCACUGCUGCUGAGCUACUAUCGUUCUCUUUGUCUGUCAUGCUCGUCCUCAUAUGGGUUCUCACUGGCCAUUGGCUUCUCAUGGAUGCCUUGGCCAUGGGUCUCUGUGUCGCCAUGAUCGCCUUCGUCCGUCUGCCCAGCCUCAAGGUCUCCUGCCUGCUGCUCUCAGGGCUUCUAAUCUACGAUGUCUUUUGGGUGUUCUUCUCCGCCUACAUCUUCAAUAGCAACGUCAUGGUGAAGGUGGCCACACAACCGGCUGACAAUCCCCUUGACGUUCUGUCCCGGAAGCUCCACUUGGGGCCCAAUGUUGGGCGCGAUGUUCCUCGCCUAUCUCUGCCUGGAAAACUGGUCUUCCCCAGCUCCACUGGCAGUCACUUCUCCAUGUUGGGCAUUGGAGACAUCGUGAUGCCUGGACUCCUGUUGUGUUUUGUCCUUCGUUAUGACAACUACAAAAAGCAAGCCAACGGUGACUCCUGCAGUGCCUCUGGGCCCGCCAACAUCUCUGGACGCAUGCAGAAGGUUUCCUACUUUCACUGCACCCUCAUUGGCUACUUUGUAGGUCUGCUCACUGCUACUGUGGCAUCUCGAAUUCACCGAGCAGCCCAGCCCGCCCUUCUCUAUUUGGUGCCAUUUACCUUAUUGCCACUCCUCACAAUGGCCUAUUUAAAGGGUGACCUACGGCGGAUGUGGUCUGAGCCAUUCCACUCCAAGUCCAGCAGCUCCCGAUUCCUGGAAGUAUGAUGGAUCACAGAGAGUGACCAGAUGGCUUCUAAAUCCUUUUCUGUCAACUCGUGGUUUUGUUUCCUCUUAGAGCUGGCCUGGUACUUGGAGAUGUACCUGUCUAAGGACUGCUGUGUGACCGGAUUUUGCAUUUGCAGGAGCGAGGUGCUGGAGCCCUGUGUGGUUCUUUCUCUUCCCGCCGUUGGAGUGGUGGAGCCCCUCCUGAAAGGACAGGCCCUCCCUAGCGCUCCUUCCUCCCCCAUUUUUAUGGAUCUGCACCAGACUGUUACCUCUGGGGGAUGGAGAUGUGACUGUUGAAACUGACACCGGCAAGGAGUCGUUCUGUACCUUUGAACACUAAAAGGAUGAGAAACAUUAGCAAACUGGUUUCUUCAGUGAACCCUCAAGAACUUUGGGACCAGUUUCCUAUGGGGGACUCAGUUUCAGAGAACUGAGACAGAAGCUCUUCUGUCGUUAUAUUCUUUCCUUUUUUUGGAUUUAUUAAAUAUUUUCUGUGGUGUGAA